AUGACAACAAACAAACGUAAACAAAGAAAGGAAAGAAAAGAAAAGAGUCUUGUGUCUACGAAUACUAACAAAAAGUGGGUUUAAAGAGAAGCAAGGUUAUCGUUAAAAAAGAGAAUAGAGAGAAGAAACGAAUUUCUGUUUUCUUUGUUUAGAGAAUUUCUUUGUUCAUGGUGUUCUUUGUUCUCAGAGCGGAAUUUGCAACACCACACAUUCCUUCCAUUCAUCCCUCUAGCACUUGUUGAAAUUGAAAGUGAGAGAGAACAAAAAAAAAAGGCAUCCGUUUGAAAAGACAUUCAUUGUGGAUUUUCCUUUCAGUUUCCAUUCGUUCGACAUAUCAUUUUAACUACGAUUCAUUCAAAGCAUAAUUAUUCUAUACGCGCGUGUAGUGUACUUGAGCUGGACUGACCUUAAGGACUUGACUAGUUGGUCCCAUCAUUCGUUUAUUGCAUUGGCUUUUUUUAGGAACGCGUGUUUCCUGUGGUUCAUUAUAGAAUUUCUUGUUUUUCAUCAUUGUAUUUUUUAAGAAAUUUUCUUGUUUCUUACAAACGAAUUUUUGCUACGCGUUUUUUUAGUCAAAUCUCCAAUUGACGUUUCCAAGGCUCCAGACUUGACUAGGAUCCAACGGAUUACAUAAAACCCAACGUACUCAAAAAAAUUUUUUUCUUUUUUUUUUCUUUUCUUUCUACUAUUUUAUUUUAGUAUUCUUUUAUUUUCCUUGUUGGUUGUAUUUUGCUUUUUCUUGAUCUCUUGAUUUAUUUUCGUUUUUUUUUUUUCUUUUCAUUGAUUUUCAACUUUGGGGUUUUUCCCUUUUUCCAUGCUUUAGGUGUUUUUGUUCGUUUCAUUCUACUUAUUAUUUUGACCGACUUUGACUUCCUGAGAAAAGGAUCCUAUACUCUUCUUUUUCAUUUUUGCUCUACAAACCAUUCUUGAUUGACAGCGAGUUUGAACUCUACGUUAGUUUUCUAUUCCUCUUGGUUGCUUCGUCAUACUUUUUUUUUCAUUUUACUGAAGGAUUUCCUUUUGAUUAUCCAUUCGUAGUCUACUUUUGUGAUUGAAGGCUUCUCUUUUUCGUGAAAUCGCUCGCUUAUCGACAAGUAAUUCGGCAGGAAUACUGACAAGAAUUCUUUGCCUCUCUUCCUAAAACUGUCAUUGCGUAUAUUUCGCCCCUUUAUUGUCCUUCUCAUUCCUUCCUUUUUCUUUUUCAAACUGAUUCUUGUUUUGUUCUGCUGGUCUUUAUGAACAUCCUAUAUCCUAAUUCAAUCUAAUCCCGUCUCUAUUUUAUUAUCGGCCGAUAUCUAGCUAAUUCUUUCAUUUUAGAGUAAAUCUCAAUAAUCAGUCGUGCUCAUCUACGUUCGUUCACGAAAUUCCUCCUAACCUCUAUUCUUUUUCUAUCUAACAACCGAUUCAACCCGGUUCUUACCGCCUAAACAUGCGUUUAGCUCCUGAAGAUCGUAUAGGUGAAACGUUGGAUGAUUCCUUGCGGUUUAUUUCUGUAAUUGGCGUUGGCGCGUAUGGAGUUGUUUAUAAAGCAGAAGAUCUGUACGACGGCACGUUAUAUGCAGUCAAGGCACUGUGCAAAGACGGACUGGAUGCGAAGCAAAAACUGCUACAGUCCAGAGAACUUUAUUUGCAUGCACGUGUGCAGUCUCACCCCAAUAUAUUGUCUUUAUACCGUGUCUUGGACACUGAAGAUACGAUUUAUGUUAUUUUGCAAUACUGCCCUGACGGCGACUUAUUUACCUGCAUUACUGAAAAAAAUUUAUACCGAGGCAAUGAUUCCUUGAUAAAACACGUCUUUAGUCAACUUAUCAGUGCUGUUCAGCAUUGCCACUCUGUUGGCAUCUACCAUCGUGAUUUAAAGCCCGAAAAUAUACUCGUAGACGAUGAGGGGCGCACAGUUUACUUGGCUGAUUUUGGCCUUGCAACUACAGAUGACUACUCAAGUGACUUUGGUUGCGGCAGCUUGUUUUACAUGUCUCCAGAAUGUCAGCGUGAGGCAUCCAACUCAAGCACACUUCCGUCUUCAGGUUAUAAAGUUCAUACACCAAUGACGAAUGAAUCAUCCGAUAAUUCUUCCACAGUAUUUGCUACAGCAUCAAACGAUGUUUGGGCGUUAGGCAUCAUAUUAAUCAACUUGUGUUGCCAAAGAAAUCCAUGGAAGCGUGCAUGUUCGCAAACAGACGGCACUUAUCGUUCCUACGUACAAAAUCCGUCAACCCUAUUAUCCAUUCUCCCCAUAAGCCGAGAAUUAAACUCCUUGCUAAAUCGCAUAUUUGACCGAAAUCCGAAAACUAGAAUAGGAUUAUUGGAGCUCUCAACCAUUGUCAGUAAUUGUAAAACGUUUACGCGAAGAAUGCGCCCAGCUCCUUUAGUCUCGUCAAAAUACCUUGCUUACCAACGUCAACAGCAGCAGGAAUUAAGAAAGCUGCAAGAAGCAAAUGGUUAUAUGAACUCGGCAUAUGCACCUAAUGCACAUAUUGGCCUUCCUUGGCCUCCGACUCCUCAUCUCCCAAAUCAAUGGAAGUCCCCUUAUACUCCUACGCUUCCUGUUCCCUUUCCGGUUUUAACGCCAAACUCUGCCACCUCUCCUGAGUAUAAUGUGCCGAUUACUGCGCCAUUAUUUGCAACCGACACGAAUUGGCCUUGCCAUAACUCACAAGCUGUAAAUUACCUUCCUCCUACACCUAUCCCCUCUCAAAAUGACUCUGAAGUUUCAGGAUACCCUGCACAGAGAGCGCCCGUAGCUGCUGCUUCUCCGUAUGCCUCUGGAUUUGUGUUAUGUCCAGCACCACCCGGUCGAAGCCCUAAUAUGAUAGAUGCACCUCGAAAGUCACUAUAGGUUUAUAUGGUUCCCUUAUACUUUUUCUCUACGUUGUUUAGUUUCCUCUAUUUUAAUAUGCUUCUUGCUUAUACCAAGUAGCUUUUAUUCGCUAAUGUAUUUGUAUUAUUUAUAUAUUUUUGCAAGUGUUACAUUUGCUUUUAAUUUCCCUUUUUUAUGAUUUACUUGUUCUAAUGAAUUGCAUUCUCUUAAA